CUGGUUCUUCCCAUAGACGUGGCUCAGUUGUUGCUGUAGUCGCAGGAUGUACAAGUUUGUGCUGUUAUCCUUGGCCCUAUCAGGCCUCCACGCUCUCCCAAUCUCCCGAAGACUGACAAAAACGCACCAUGUUCUUCCUGCGGGGGUUCAAGAUGGCCGACCGGUGCCUCUUCCCGACAGCUUCAGACAAGGCACUGAGCCCCUGCAGCGCUUCAUAGUGGACCUCAACACCGGAAGAGUGCAGGACUACAUCAGCGAAAUGGAGAAGAGAACAGGUUUGCAGUCACCUUCUUUGGGCAAUGGACAUGGAGAAAUGGAUCGAAGACACUGGCUGAACGAAAACUCUGUUGAAGAUGCUCCCAUCCAAAAAAAUGGUGAAGGUUGGGUCCGAGUUGAAGAGCGAGCUACAAUUCCAGAUGGAUUUAGACAAGGAACUGAACCAUCCAAUCGAAUCCCAGAAGGGUUUAGGCAGGGUACCGAACGUUUUAUGCCCAUCCCAGAUGGGUUUAAGCAGGGUACUGAACCAUCUCUAAGGAUCCCAAAAGGGUUCAGACAGGGUACCGAACCAACAGACCCAGCUGACUAUCGAAAUACAGCUCUUUUGAAAGCCCUUCCAGGUAAACAAGUAAACACAAUUCCAGAUGGCUUCAGACAGGGUACUGAGCCUUCCAAUCGCAUCCCAGAAGGAUUCAGGCAGGGUACUGAGCGUUUUAUGCCCAUCCCAGAUGGGUUUAAGCAGGGUACCGAACCAUCUUUAAGGAUCCCAAAAGGGUUCAGACAGGGUACCGAACCAACAGACCCAGCUGACUACCGAAUUACAGCUCUUUUGAAAGCUCUCCCAGGAAAACAAGUAAACACAAUUCCAGAUGGCUUCAGACAGGGUACUGAACCUUCCAAUCGCAUCCCAGAAGGAUUCAGGCAGGGUACUGAGCGUUUUAUGCCCAUCCCAGAUGGGUUUAAGCAGGGUACCGAACCAUCUUUAAGGAUCCCAAAAGGGUUCAGACAGGGUACCGAACCAACAGACCCAGCUGACUACCGAAUUACAGCUCUUUUGAAAGCUCUCCCAGGAAAACAAGUAAACACAAUUCCAGAUGGCUUCAGACAGGGUACUGAACCUUCCAAUCGCAUCCCAGAAGGAUUCAGGCAGGGUACAGAGCGUUUUAUGCCCAUCCCAGAUGGGUUUAAGCAGGGUACUGAACCAUCUUUGAGGAUCCCAAAAGGGUUCAGACAGGGUACCGAACCAAAAAAUCCAGUUGACUACAGAGAACAGUCUAUUAACACACUCCCAGCUAAACAACUCCAACCAGUCCAAGCUAGAUUCGAAACAUCCAAUGACAUUUUGAGUGGUUUUAGACCUGGCUUUGGUCCAUUUAUGCCAGUUCGUGAUGGCGAUGGACCAUCAAAUUAUAUCCCAGCUAGUCUUAGGCAACAAAACAGGCUCGCCAACUUGAACGAACAAAAAACCACUCAGUGCAAAGGGGAAAUCAUCAGUGGACGUUGUUAUACAUUCAACCCAACACGGCUGCCUUUCUUGGAAGCUCAGGAUUCUUGUAAAAGACUGAGUCUGAAUGCAGAGCUCGCCUCAGUCACCAGCAAAGAUCUUCAUUCUCGACUGGUUUCCAUGGUGACGAAUGGAGGAAAGAAAGAGCCAGUGAUGACCUGGCUCGGAGGCACAGUCAAGAACCAGCGUGGCUCGUGGUUGGACGGGGCAGAGUGGGGCUACAGUGACUGGAUGCCUGGACAGCCCAGUAUUCACACAGACAAACCAGCCUGUGUGGAGAUGUUCAGGAUGGAUGAAACUUGGUGGUCUGCUGUCGACUGUGACCUCAAGAGGGCGUCGAUCUGCUCCUAUUCUGUUGUAGUUUAAACUCUUUACAAAUCUGCAACAAAAUAAAACCUAGCAUUAAA